AUGGCUCGCCUCUCCCUCCUCCCCUUCUUCGCGGUCAUCCUGACCCUCGCCUUCUUCCUGGUUCCCGUCCAGGCUGCCAAGGGCCCCAUCAUCACCAACAAGGUCUACUUCGACAUUGAGCAUGGUGGUAAGCCCAUGGGCCGUGUCGUCAUGGGCCUCUACGGCAAGACGACCCCCAAGACUGCUGAGAACUUCCGUGCUCUCGCUACUGGCAAGAAGGCCGACGGCACUGACCUCGGCUUCGGCUACAAGGGCUCCAGCUUCCACCGUGUCAUCAAGGACUUCAUGAUCCAGGGUGGUGACUUCACCUCUGGCGAUGGCCGUGGCGGCAAGUCGAUCUACGGCAACAAGUUCGCCGACGAGAACUUCAAGCUGAAGCACACCGGCCCCGGUGUUCUCUCGAUGGCCAACGCCGGCAAGGACACGAACGGCUCCCAGUUCUUCAUCUGCACUGUCAAGACCAGCUGGCUCGACGGCCGCCACGUUGUCUUCGGCCACGUCCUCGAGGGCAUGGACAUUGUUCACGCCAUCGAGAACGUUAAGAAGGGCUCCGGCGACCGCCCCGUUGAGCCCGUCACCAUCGCCGACUCUGGAGAGCUCGAGAUCGAGCACGAGAUUGACGACAAUGGCAACCAGCCUGACUACGAAGGCGAUGUCGAGGUGGAGGCGAUCAACGCGAUCGACAAGGAGAUUCUCGAGGGCACGCACGACACGCCCGUCGAGCUCGACUCGGAGGAGGACAAGGAGGACUACUCGACGCUCUCCAACCCCUGGAAGUACCUUGCCUUCCUUGUGCUGUUUGUCGUUGCCCCGGUCGGCGCAUACGUGUACUUUUACCGUGGCGGACGCGAGAAGCUCCGCCGCAAGAUCGAGAACUGGGGUCACUAUGAGAAACUGCCGACGUCGCAGUGA